AUGGCCCCAUCUGUCCUUGGCAUUGGCAUCCCUGCCACCUCUAAUAUCGUCCCGUGGAUCGCGAGAGGUCGGCUACAGAAAAUCCUUACUGCCAUGGAGGCUGACAUGGAAGCUUCCCCAUACGACUGGGAAAUGCUAUAUAUCACUCCAGAGACUUCAUUUGAUGUCUGCACAGCGAAGAUUCGCGAGAGGCAGUGGGAUGUAGUCAUGGUUGGAAGAGGCUUACGAGCAACCGAUUCACUUGUGCCAUUUUUCGAGCGAAUCGUCAAUGCUGUACAUCAGGAGCUUCCGCAAACAAAAUUGGCUUUCAAUGAGACCAUCGAAAAGACGCGGGAAGCUGUCGAUCGAGUGCUGUCUAAUCAAGACAAACCGUGA